UGUGUGAGUUUCAAAGAUAGAAGAUUAUAUUCAUUAAAAUCACAUGAUUACCACAUCUUGAUGCAAGAUUUACUCCCAAUUGCUUUACGGUGCUGUAUGUCAAAAAAUGUAACGUCCUGUAUAAUUGAACUAUCCAAUAUAAUGAAAGCUAUCUGUGGCAAAGUUUUGAAUGUCGAAGAACUUGAGAAACUACAGGAUCGAGCGGCUUUGACUUUAUGCAAUUUAGAGAAGAUCUUUCCACCUUCCUUCUUCACUAUUAUGGUGCACUUGGUAAUCCAUCUCCCUCACGAAGCAAUCCUUGGUGGACCGGUUUUUUAUCGAUGGAUGUAUCCUAUAGAAAGGUUCCUAAGCAAAUUGAAGUCAUAUUGUCGCAAUAAGCGUUAUCCAGAAGGAUCAAUUGCUGAAGGCUACUUGGCAGAAGAGUGCAUGACCUUCUGUUCUAGAUAUUUAGAAGAUGCUGAAACACGAUUGAAUAGACCAAGUAGAAAUGCUGGGCUCAAUGAUAAUGACUUGGCCGAAACUUAUUUAUUUCAAAGUUAUGGAGAACCAAUCGGCAAAGUUGAAAUUGUAGAAUUAGAUGAUAUAUCGUGGAUACAGGCACAUCGAUAUGUACUUUUUAACCACGAUUCAAUUGAACCGUUGCGCAAGUAAGUUAUAAAA